GCUGUAUUUUUGUUCCUGUGUCAACGAAACGGAGAAUACGGGCCGUAGCUGACGGGACAUAUACUACUAGCUAGCAAGCAAACAAGCUAAUAGUUAAACUGAAAGACAAACGACAACAUCGGCUAUUUUACUCUUGCUUCAGUAACGGUGCAUUUAAUUAAUAUUUUAAGUGAUAGUUAGCAAGCUAAGAUUUUAUAUCGUGUAGCGCUUUUGGAGCUAUCGUUACUUAUGUCGGCAAGCUAGGCUAGUAGAGGCGAAGAAUCGCUCAGAUUUUGGCUAACGUAGCUGGCUAACGUUUGCCACUCAGCUUGUUGGGAACUAUUGCUAGCUAGUUAGCUAUCUAGAAAAUAUCGACACAAUUACAGCUACCAAACUACUCCCAAAUUGUAUGUAGUUAGCACUGUAACUACAUAGCGUCAUCGUUUUUGAAAGAAAACCAUUAGCUAGACUAGCUACUUUUUCAGUUAGCUAGCAAAUUGGCUAACGCUAUUGCUGAGCUUAAACGGCGAUAAGCUAAGGCAGUCGGUAGCCAGCAAGCUAGGUCUUUACUUCCAGUUGGUUUGAAGAUUUCCUGUGACCCAAGGUAACUUAGUCUGGAUUUGAAGAGAUGAACUCCAAUGUGGAGAACUUGCCCCCUCAGGUUCUGCGACUAGUAUACAAGGAGGUGACGGCACUUGCUGCAGAUCCCCCUGAGGGUAUCAAGAUCUAUCCCAGUGAAGAGGACAUUACAGAACUACACACUGCAAUAGAGGGACCAGAGGGAACUCCAUUUGCAGGAGGCAUUUUCCGAAUGCGCCUGGUUCUGGGGAAAGACUUCCCUGCAGCACCCCCAAAGGGAUACUUCCUGACCAAGAUUUUCCAUCCUAACGUGGGCCACAAGGGUGAAAUAUGUGUGAAUGUGCUGAAGAGGGACUGGCGAGCUGAGCUGGGGCUCAGACAUGUCUUGCUUACGAUCAAGUGCCUGCUGAUUCACCCCAACCCUGAAUCUGCCCUCAAUGAAGAAGCUGGACGCUUACUCUUGGAAGACUAUGCUGAAUAUGCCUCCCGUGCCCGGCUGCUCACCGAGAUCCACGCCAUGGGCGGACCGGGGGGCCCCUCGGGAGGGCUCCAAGAACCUGGCGAGGGGCCACAACCCAAAAAACAUGCUGGAGACCCCAACAAAAGGGCGGCGGUUACCACGGCUUCCUCGGGAGCCAAUGGGAACGGAGCAAACAGCGGCAGUGGCAGCGGCAGCAGCAUAGGGAUUAGUGGUAAUGUCAAUAGUAACGUGGUCGUGAAAAAGAAAACGGAUAAAAAAAGAGCUUUGAGACGACUCUAAUACUGUCCGUUUGCGAGUGUGUGUUGUGUGCGCGCGUGUAUGUAGAAGUUUGCAGACUACUAUUCUGUUUCACCUGUUUCUUACCCACCCUAAAUCAGUCAGUUUUUAUUCAUCCUUUCGUGUCACAUUCUUUUUCACUCCUUUCCUCGUGAACACUCCCCUUUCAGGAAUCUUAUUUUGAGUUUGUGUGCAUUCCACACAUUAAAAUUGCAUAUAGUAUACAUUUAGUCAGUGAGAGGCAUGUGGUAUCAAAUAUUGAAAUUUCACCAUGCGAAAGACAUUUUUAGUUUUUACAUAAUUUUUCAAUAGUUUUUUUUUUUUUUUUUUUUUUUUUUUUUUUUCAAUCUUUUGUUUUCCAUAACUUAAAAGUACAGGGAUCAAGGAAGGAAACCAUAAAAUGGAUCAUCCACUCUCACUUUAAUAUUCUAUUUCUUGCUGAGGUAGCAACUACCUGGGCCACAGCACUGUCUUUGAAAUUGGAUGUUUGUAUUUUUAAAUGAGGUAUCUUACAGGGAGCUUAAGACUGUUCUCUUCAGACUUAGUAUCAGCUUGUCAUUUGCCAUUGACAUUUAUUUAAUUGGAAUGUGAAAUUAGUUUAGACUAUUGGGACAAAUAACUAUUUGAAAGUUAAGCAAAGUGUUCAAUUGGAUGUAUAAGCAAUCGCCAACUUUGGUACAUUCAAACCCAACUUCUCCGGGUCUUCAUUUUCCCCAUAGAACCACCCAAGGUGCCUUUUGAGAAAAAAAAAAAAAAAAAAAAAAGUUUGAUCAAUUUUGAACAGAAAUGAGGAAUGGGAAAAUGGAGGGUCGUCUACAGGUUUUAUAUGAUCAUCAAGGCUAGAAAUAAGUAUACAUUUGGUAAAAUGCCAUUGCCUAUUGUAGUGCUUUUAUAGUGAGGAAAAUGAUAAUCUGAUUUUAGGAGUGGGAAUUUGUUGUAAGUAAAGGGAUGGUGUAUUCUAGUCUUCAUAAAUCAGUUACAAGCGAUUGGGACAUUAUAUCCCAUCUCCUUAAUGAAAAAGUGAGAAGAGUUAAUGGGAGUGUUAUUAUUCCCUUUAGGGUUUUUAUUUUGUGCUGGCCAGGUAAGAGAGAGAGGGAGAGUACAAUUCCACUCUGUUACAAUAAUAUCUGUGACACCAAUCUCUAAAAUUUCAGUUGCAAGAAUGUGUGAAAAGUUAUUAGCUGAACAUUGACGGAUGAAGGAACGUUUGAGACAAGGUGGCAAAUUGUGGUCUGGAUAUUGCUUCUUUUUCUUUUUCUUUUUUUCCCCAGAAGACUUUUUCCACUUUUCUAAGAUGAUGUUGUGCUUAUUUUUCCCCAUUUUUAAAAGAAAAUACAGAUGUAAUUUACCUUUGUAGCCCAGUAUUUUCAAGAGCUUUUAGAGUGUGAUGGCUUGUCAACUGUCUUUUGGCACGUAAGGGGACAUGAUUUAAGGAAAAGCAAGCUGGAAAUGCAGUACUGAACACAAUACACAUUGACUGGAAUAUGGCCUUGGAACUGUACCUGCACAUUAGAGUAAUGUAUCCAUAGACAUACAGAUCCUAUGAAUCCUUUUGUCCUUGAUGACUAGCAUGAUAGACAAUUGUCAUUGAGAUGCGUUACAUGCGUAUAUCCCUAUAACCCAGUCUUGUUUGUGCUGUCUGCACUUGCCCUGUUCCACGGGGUCCUAGUUGGAUAAAAUGUAUUAGAGUUCAAUGGUAUGAAUAGACGGAAAUUACAUACAUGGCUGAGUUUCUUUGUGAGGUUUUCUGUUUUACAUCGGUGUUCUUGGAAAUGUUUAAACAAAGCAUUUGGUGGUCCUGAAUUUCCUAGGGAAAUAUUCAGUCGUGUGGUCUUUCCUUUGGCGGAGAACCUGCUCUGGAAAGUCAGCCAUUGCACAAAAUCAAUUGAGGGGGGAGGGCAGGUAGGGUAUUAUACAGUAUAUAUUAUUUCUUUGUUUGUGUCCUUGUAUGUUAUUUAAAUUAACAACAAAGAAAAGUUCUAGAAAAAUAAAUAAAAUGCAAACACUUGUUUGGUGCAGUAA